AAAGCACGAGACUUUGAUUACGGAAAUGCGAUUGGACGGAAAUCGACUUCUGACAGGAUAGUUCGUCCAGCAUCCACGAUCGGUUUGUUUAUGUAAGAUUCAAACCGAUCUGCUGGAUAAACAUAUAUAUAAUGGCAGCUCACACAAACUUUAUUGUACACGAAUACGGAAAGACAUAGCCGAUUUGGCAAUGACCUGUGAAAAUGAUGCUGGACUUUGACAACCAUCAACUAUGACCAUGAAGGUAGCACCAAAAUCUUUCUUCAUCCUUCUCUUUUCAAGUUUACUUGUCUUCCUACUAAUAGCAGUGUUCGUUCUUCUAUGGUCAAAUCAGGAAGAUGUUAUCUUGGAGGAUAGACAUAUUAAACUGUUGAGAACUGAAAAGCAGACCGUUCUGUCAACAGUAAUCGGAGAUGUGAACCCAUCACUGCGGGAUACCCGUUGUACCUUUCACACCUGUCUGGAGGUUUACCACUGUGGUUACAAUGAUCAGAAACAGCUGAGUAUUUAUGUGUAUCCUCUAGAACAGUUUGUGGAUGAUAACAAUGAAGCAGUAACUCUGCCUAUGUCACGAGAAUUCUACGACCUUCUGGAGACAAUCGUCAACAGUCCGUACUACACAGAUGAACCGGAGACAGCCUGUCUGUUUGUUCCGUCUGUCGACCUCCUGAACCAGAACAACCUCCGACUGAAGGAAACCGGACAGAUUCUCGCCUCUUUACCAUGGUGGAACGAUGGAACCAAUCAUUUGUUGUUUAACAUGUUGCCUGGGACCGUCCCUGACUACGGGACUGUGUUGGAAGUGGACACAGGAAAAGCCAUCAUAGCUGGAGGUGGAUUCUCCAUAUGGUCCUACAGACGUACAUUUGACAUAUCCAUCCCGGUCUACAAUCCCCUAGUGGACCACACAAAACAUCCACAUAAGUCGUAUUUGGAGAAGAGAAAGUGGUUCCUCAUCUCGGCCCAGACAGGUCUGCACAAGGAGUACAAAGAUACGGUGGCUGAGGUGGCUAAUUCACACAAACAUGUCCUUAUCACAGACAGGUGUCCUGAGGAGGAAAAGCCCUGGAACUUCUCACGGCGAUGUACGGGAGGCAGAAUCUACAACUAUCCAGACAUUCUAAAUGAGGGCACAUUUUGCCUGGUGAUCCGAGGUGCACGUAUCGGACAAGCUGCCCUUAGUGACGCCCUCAUGAUGGGAUGUAUCCCUGUAAUUGUAGCAGACAGCUACGUCCUUCCAUUUUCGGAAGUCCUGGAUUGGAAAAGAGCAGCUGUGAUCGUUAAGGAAGAUGACCUCGGCCAGGUGAUGGAAGUACUCAAAUCGUUCAGUCUAGAUAAGAUUUACCUGAUGCGUAAACAGAUCAAAUUCCUCUGGGACACAUACUUCUCCUCGAUGAAGUCGCUCACACUGACAACACUAAACAUUCUCAAUGACCGCAUCUUCCCUCACAUCAGCCGUACAGACGAACAGUGGAAUGAAAUUCCUAACAAGAAUGCCGUAAGGAAUCCGCUGUUCUUGCCGCUGAUACCUCCAAGUAGCCAGGGUUUCACUGCCGUGAUUCUGACGUACGACCGUCUCCAGUCCCUGUUCCAGGUCAUUCAUCAAGUUGCCAAGGUCACAAGUCUAGCCAAGGUCGUCGUCGUGUGGAACAAUCAACUCAAGGAACCUCCUCCCAUGUCCAGUUGGCCAGACAUCGGAAAGCCAGUCAAAGUGAUCAAGACUAAUAAGAAUAUACUCAGUAACAGGUUUUUCCCGUAUGAUGAAAUUGAGACUGAAUGUAUCCUGGCACUCGACGAUGACAUCAUUAUGUUGACGGCAGACGAAUUAGAGUUUGGAUAUGAGGUUUGGCGGGAGUUCCCAGACCGUUUGGUUGGUUUUCCAUCCAGAGUCCAUGUUCUAGAUAACACCACAUCAAAGUGGAAAUACGAGUCAGAGUGGGCCAACAACAUCUCGAUGGUCCUGACCGGGGCAGCGUUCUACCAUAAGUAUUUCAGCUAUCUGUAUUCCUUCCACAUGUCUGAGGUUCUUAAGAACUGGGUUGAUGAGCACAUGAACUGUGAAGACAUUGCCAUGAACUUUCUCAUCGCUAACAUCACCGGAAAAGCUCCGAUCAAGGUGACGCCCCGUAAGAAGUUUAAGUGUCCAGAGUGUACAAAUACGGAGAUGUUGUCCUCCGACCUCAGCCACAUGGUGGAACGAUCCGAGUGUAUCAACCAGUUCACGAGCAUAUACGAGGCCAUGCCUCUCAAGAUUGUGGAAUUCCGAGCGGAUCCGGUGCUGUAUAAGGAUGAUAAUAUCCCAAAUAUUCUCAAGAAGUACAACGAUAUAGGCAGUUUAUGAUGCUGUAAAAACAGCAGACGACAGCUGUAACAGUACAUGUAUAAAGUGUAUGUUCCAGAUAUUAUUUCAUAUGAAAAUUUUCACUUUAAGUGCUGUUUCUUGAAAACUUGUCUUUCAAAUUUGUAUUUAACAAAGUCAGGAGAAGUGUGUGGGCUACAAAGAGAGUUUGUGUUGAACUUUAAGAUUAUAUUGUCCAUGCAUGAAAGUCUGAAUGUUUCAUUGAAGUGUCCCAUUCUCAUCGCUAAAUUUCUUACUUUCUGUCACAGUUCAGUUUUCGGGGGAAUCUCAUUAAUAGUUAAUAGCUAGGAGGGGAUUCUCUUUUCACAAGGUGCUAAAACCAUCUAGUCUUCAAUCAUUAUAUUGUGUGAAAAAUUAAAUUCUUUCACAACGAAAAAAUCUUUUCUUUACAUGAGGGUAUCGCAGAGAUAUCUCAAACCAGAGAAUGCCAUUUUUUAUUGUAGAGGCUUGGUUCAGGCUUUCUUCAUUAAAGCCAUGAUAUUCGAGAAUCUCGGACCCAGAUUUGAGAUUUUUCUGCUGUAUUACUUGAACGGUGUUGUUCAAUACGAUACUCUUCUUUUCUAAGGAGAGUAGCAUAUAUUGAACACCCUUGGCUAGCGACGUUGGUGUAAUCAUAGCAUAGAAUUAUCUUUUCUGCUC